CAAAAUUUCCAAGCCCCCCAAGUUUUUUUCCCCCUCCACAAAAGAGAAAGCUAAGUAGCUAGCUGCUAGCAAUAUACCUUUAAAAGGGUUGAUUGAACUUGCAGUGUGUGUAUAUAUAUGUAAUAGCUAGAGAACUGCUGUUUUUUUUUUUUUCUUCUUUUCUGUUUUUUCUGUUUGUUUCCCACGAAAAGUGGGGAGAUUUUUCUUUUAAAGAAAUGGGAUACGGAGAAGAGAUUUUGAUAAUAAGAAGCUACGAUGGGCAAUCUGCAGAUAGAGCUAGAGUGGAAGAUCUAGAGAGAAGAUGCGAGGUAGGCCCAUCUGAACGAGUUUUUCUCUUCACAGACACCAUGGGUGACCCCAUUUGUAGGAUCAGAAAUAGUCCCUUAUACAAGAUGCUGGUGGCAGAGGUGGAUAACCAAAUAGUUGGAGUAAUUCAGGGCUCGAUAAAGAUCGUUACGGUUCACCAAGCGCCCAAGGGCCGGGCCAAGGUUGGGUAUGUUUUAGGCCUUCGCGUUGUUCCGAUGUUCCGCCGCCGAGGGAUUGGCUGCAGCCUUGUCCGACGAUUGGAGGAGUGGUUUGCUGCCAACGACGUGGACUACACCUAUAUGGCGACAGAGAAAGACAAUGAAGCCUCCGUCAAGCUCUUCAUCAACAAGCUCGGGUACACCAAUUUUAGAGUUCCGGCGAUCCUCGUCAACCCGGUGAAACAUUACCGCCCUUAUAACCUCCCUUCCAACAUCCAAAUUUCCCGCCUGAAAGUCGAUGUGGCCGAGUUUCUCUACGGAAAAUACAUGGCCUCCACCGAGUUCUUUCCCCAUGACAUCGACCGCGUGCUCAAACACAAGCUCAGCCUUGGAACAUGGGUGGCUUAUUACAAAGACGAUAAAUUCGAAACAACUGGCAGCGGAUCAGAAAUGGCAAUUCCAAAGAGCUGGGCAAUGCUGAGUGUAUGGAAUAGUGGGGAGGUGUUCAAACUGCGAUUGGGAAAGGCACCAUUGUCAUGCUUGAUAUACACAGAGAGCUCGAAGGUGAUGGACAAGAUCUUCCCAUGUCUGAAACUUCCCUCAAUACCGGACUUCUACGAGCCGUUCGGAUUCUACUUCAUGUAUGGGGUUCACCGGGAGGGGGCAGCAUCGACAUCAGGGAAGCUGGUGAGGGCACUGUGCCAGCACGUGCACAACAUGGCGGCGGAGGCAAGGGACUGUAAAGUGAUAGUUACAGAGAUUGGAGGAGAAGACGCACUGAGAGAAGAGAUUCCACAUUGGAAAUUGCUGUCAUGCCCUGAAGAUUUAUGGUGCAUAAAGGCAUUGAAGAAAGAAGCAAGAAAUAGCCUCCAUGAGUUGACAAAAACCCCACCAACUACAAGACCAGCCCUUUUUGUAGACCCAAGAGAGGUAUGAGAAUAUCAAAAUCAUAUCAAUAUCAAUAAUAAAUCCAAACUUAAUUACUUAAUCACAAAACGCAGCAAGAAUCCAACAUAUAUCAAUUACUUAAUCCCUUCUCUUCUCCAAAAAAUCUCACCUUUUAUGUACAUAUCAUCAUAUAUACACCAAUAAUAAAAUGAGUUGACUUUUGAAUUUGCCCCUAAAAA